AUGGCUUCGGGAGUGACUCGCGUUGCCGACCGGCUGGAGAAGCCAGAAUUGGAUGAUCGCUCAUACCGAGUAAUUAGGCUGCCGAACAGGUUGGAGGCGUUGCUGGUGCAUGACCCGGACACCGACAAAGCCAGUGCCUCGGCAAAUGUGAACGUGGGAAAUUUCUCCGACGACGAUAGCAUGCCUGGCAUGGCGCACGCCGUAGAGCAUUUAUUAUUCAUGGGCACUGAAAAGUACCCUAAAGAGAAUGCUUACAACCAGUACCUAGCAGCACACUCUGGCUCUUCAAACGCUUAUACCGGCGCAAUUGAGACGAAUUAUUUCUUUGAGGUAGCGGCCACCGGGGAGAGCUCCGAUGGUGCAUCGACACCAUUGUCAGAUGGCUCUGCCGCCAAUGGAUCGGCGAGUAACGCCUCUUCCAAUUCGAAUUCGGUGCCGCCUCUUUACGGCGCAUUGGAUAGAUUCGCGCAGUUCUUCAUUGCUCCUUUGUUUUUAGAGUCGACGCUAGAUCGUGAGUUGAGGGCAGUCGACUCGGAGAACAAGAAGAACUUGCAAAGUGACAUAUGGCGGCUGAUGCAGUUGAAUAAGUCGCUGUCAAAUCCUAAACAUCCAUACCACCAUUUCUCAACGGGUAAUUUGCAGACCUUACGCGAUGAUCCGCAGGCUCGCGGUGUUGAAAUACGCAGCGAGUUCAUCAAUUUCCAUAAAAAGCAUUAUUCUGCAAAUCGCACAAAGCUUGUCGUGUUAGGGCGGGAAUCGCUUGAUCAGCUGGAAAGCUGGGUUGUGGAGUUGUUUUCAGAGGUUCAGAACAAAGAUUUACCCCAAAACCGAUGGGACGAUGUACAGCCCUUCUCUGCAGACCAACUCUGCACGCAAGUGUUUGCGAAACCUGUCAUGGACUCGCGGUCAUUGGAUAUAUACUUUCCGUUCUUGGACGAGGAUGGUCUAUACGAGACUCAUCCAAGCCGAUACAUCAGUCAUCUGAUUGGUCAUGAAGGGCCUGGUAGUAUUCUGGCUCACAUUAAAGCAAAAGGCUGGGCGAAUGGGCUUUCGGCUGGUGCAAUGCCUCUCUGUCCAGGUGCUUCUUUUUUCACGAUUUCCGUACGCCUUACAGAAGAUGGGUUGGUUCAUCAUCGAGAAGUGGUUAAGACGAUAUUCCAGUACAUUGCAUUGAUUAAAGAACGAACACCAGAACAGUGGAUUUUUGAUGAGAUGAAGAAUUUGGCUGAAGUGGAUUUCCGAUUCAAGCAAAAGUCGCCUGCUUCGCGAUUCACAAGUCGGCUGAGCAGCGUCAUGCAAAAACCACUCCCGCGAGAAUGGCUUCUUAGCGGCAACAAUUUGUUGAGGAAGUUUGAUGCUGAGUUGAUCACCAAAGCGCUGUCUUAUCUACGAGCAGACAACUUCAGACUUAUGAUUGUAUCGCAAAAUUUCCCCGGCGACUGGGAUACUAAGGAGAAGUGGUAUGGGACGGAAUACAAGGUUGAGAAGAUUCCUGAGGAUUUCAUGGGUGAGAUUAGGAAUGCUUUGGCGUCUUCGUCCUCGGAUAGGAUACAGGAUUUACACAUGCCUCAUAAGAACGAGUUUAUUCCAACUCGUUUAUCAGUUGAAAAGAAGGAGGUUUCUCAACCAACAAAAGCGCCGAAACUCAUCCGUCUUGAUGAUCAGGUGCGAGUGUGGUAUAAAAAGGAUGAUCGAUUCUGGGUGCCUAAGGCUACAGUGCAUAUUACUCUUCGGAAUUCGCUGGUUUGGGCGACGCCGGCGAACCACGUCAAGGCUAAAAUUUACUGUGAGCUGGUGAGGGAUGCAUUGGUUGAAUACUCCUACGACGCUGAACUCGCUGGGCUGGAUUAUAAUCUUUCUGCAAGUAUUUUUGGGUUGGAUAUUUCUGUUGGCGGUUACAACGAUAAGAUGUCGGUAUUGCUUGAGAAAGUUAUAUUGACUAUGCGCGACCUCGUUAUCAAAGAAGAUCGCUUCAAGAUUAUUAAGGAGCGAUUGACGAGAGCUUACCGAAACGCAGAAUACCAGCAACCAUACUAUCAAGUUGGAGAUAUGACUCGCUAUUUGACGGCCGAGAAGACAUGGAUCAACGAGCAGUAUGCAGCUGAAUUAGAGCACAUUGAAGCGGGCGACGUCGCCACUUUCUUCCCCCAACUUUUGCAACAGAACCAUAUUGAGGUCCUGGCGCACGGCAAUCUGUACAAGGAAGAUGCACUGAAAAUGACCAAUAUUGUCGAGAACAUUGUUCGCAGCCGUUCCUUGCCACAAUCUCAAUGGCAUGUGCGGAGAAAUAUCAUCUUCCCUCCUGGAAGCAAUUACAUUUAUGAGCGCCAGCUCAAAGACCCACAGAAUGUCAAUAACUGCAUUGAGUACUAUCUUUUCGUUGGCUCGAUCAUCGACAACGCGCUUCGUGCCAAGCUCCUUCUCUUCGCCCAGAUGACCGAGGAACCGGCAUUUGACCAACUGCGAAGCAAGGAACAGUUGGGAUAUGUUGUUUGGAGCGGCGCCCGGUACUCUGCCACCACAAUCGGCUACCGGGUUAUCAUCCAGAGUGAGCGCACGGCAGAAUACCUAGAAAGCCGCAUUGACGCAUUCCUUGGAGAAUUCGCGCAGACGCUAGAGAAAAUGACGGACGAGGAGUUUGAAGGACAUAAGCGCAGUAUUAUUAACAAGAGACUCGAGAAGCUCAAGAACCUUGGAUCAGAGACCGCGCGCUUCUGGACACAUAUCGGGUCUGAGUACUUCAAUUUCGUGCAGCAUGAAGUUGAUGCUGCAAGUGUUAGGAGCUUAACCAAGGACGACCUUGCUGCAUUCUUCAAUCAAUACAUCAACCCAACCUCCGAAACUCGUGCCAAGGUCUCGAUCCAUCUGAACGCGCAGUCUGCUGAUGUCGACAACAGUCGAGUCCCCGUCGAUACCUCGGAAACGGCCGAAGGGGCCGAUGCGCUGCAUUCCCAGAAAACCAAUGGAGUGAAAGUACAUAAAGGAGAGCCGAUUUACAUCACGAACGUGCCGCAGUUCAAAGCUCGUCUACCCGUCAGCGCUGGCCCCAGUCCGGUUGUUGAUCUCAGCGAGUUCGAGGAUUUUGACCCGAAGCUGUGA